GAGGGAGGGAAGGGUAGUAUUUGUAGUCUUAACAAGCCAGUGGGUUUUCUAUCUACCUUGUGUUUACACCCGGUGUUCCUGAAAACGAUGCAAGGUUUACAUGUUUCUAAAUAACUCUUUUUGCAGGGAUGUUUUAAAAGGUUUGCUUUUUCCUCCCACACCUGCUGCUUCCCACCUUUUUUUAAAAAUGGGAGCAGCAAUCCUUAGAGGUUUAGUUAUUAAAUCAAGGAUGUUGACCUACCUUCCUUUGUGUUUUCUAAACACUGUUGCGGUGCCUUUUGAUUUCUGGUACGCUGAGGGAGAAUGAAUGGGGUUGUGGUUGUUAUUGUUUUCCUGCAUCUUUUGAGAAAUGGUACGAUCCUUCCACAGUUGAUUUGACACAUUUGUAAGUACUGUGAUGAGCUGCUAAAAUUUAACCUGGUUGUCCUGGAGGCAAGGCGGUCAUCCUCGGAAAUCUGUUCCAGAGUGGACCUCAGUGGAUGCAAUUCCCAAAUAAACGGUUUAGAGAUUGCAGGUGGAGAAUGUUACUACACUGAAUUUUUGUUUUUUCUUUUUAAAAAAUGUACAUCCUUAAUGAGUAAGGCAAUAUCUAAACAUUGUGAUGCAUGCUCGUAGGUUCACAUUUCCUACAGGUGCUCCUCAUGCUGUUCUUGGGAUGACUGUUUAAACGUACCUACAACUUCGAAAAAUUAAAAGAAUGGUUGGAAACUGUUUUGUCGUGGUGCUUUCUAGAAGUUUCACAGAAAAAAAGGAAGCCUAUAUUUUAAUGAGUUUUCUAGAAGCCGCCUUUCUCACAGCUGACACUUGGGAACAUAAGACACUAGCAUAUAUAGAGGUAGUUGGUCUGAUGCAGCAAGGCUCUUAGAGGAGGUUAAAAUCUGCCACAGGUGUUGUUGUUUUUUAAAGCAACACAGCCCACUAGGAUGCAAGGGAGAAAACGAGCAAAAAUGGCCACCUAGAUUGCCAAGCACCUUUCUGUCUCAGUCAUUAGGCCAACAAAACUCUUGUAAAAAAUUGGACUGUGGCAAAACUACCCCGGGGUUGUGACCCUAAACAGUUACUCUUGAGUAAACCCAACUGAAUGCAGCCAUUUGUUCACACAUGGAACAAUAUCUACUCACUCCAGGGCCUUUUAACAACUGUGAAAUUCAGCAGGUGAAAUCUAUCACUGCACCACCAUGCUGAUAUAUCUAGGAAAAAGUAGGCGUUAAUGGAGGAAAACUAAUCCAGGGUUUGAGCCCCCCACUUUUCCUUUUUUUAAAAAAGCGAAGUCUGUUGUGAACAUACCCCUUCUUUCAAUAAACUGGGAGAACUAAAGGCACCCACAAAGGAACAGCUCCAUGCAGCUGAUCCCUCCAUCCCCAGGGCUGAUUUGACUUCUUGAGGGAAAGAGCGUGCCUUGCACCUGCAAUCAGUCCCCCCACCCUCUUUCUCCAGGGUCCUAAGUGGGCGUGUCCACAGCCAGGGCGGGGAACUCCAAUAAAUCCACACAUACAGCGAGAUGCCUUCUCCUUUCUGAGCUUUCCCAAUUUGUGAGCUGGGAGCAAGCCAUGGCGCUAAGGAAACACCUGAACGAGGCGAAGAAGCGCAGCGCGGACUCCGGAGUGGAGUCGGAUCGGAGCCUCUCGAGCAAGGAGCAGAGGGACCAGCGCAUCAGUCUCUUUCUGCGGGAUUUCCAACACCAGGCAAAGGAAAACCUGCGCGAUUUGAAGAAAGAGCUGGCUUCGCUUCUGCAGACAGCUGAGAAGGCAUUCCAGGUGGAGCUGCUGGCCAUGCCGGUGGUAAUGAGAAAAAUGAGGAGGGAGGACUUGAUUGAUCUUAAGGAAGAAGAAGCUGCCGCUGCCACAGUCAUCGCCACCGCCAUGGCAGAUUGCCGCGCAGCAGAUAUGCCAACUCCCAGGCUAGUGAGGAGCAACAGCAAACGAGUUAAGGUCACGACAAUUGUGGAAUACAAGGGAGAGGAAGAAGGGAGUGGAGCCCCGGCCAGGAAACUGUCUCGGAAGGCAUUUAAAACAAAUUCUCUGGCUUCCUUGGCUUCUGCUGUAAAGGGCAAACAAGGGACUCCGUCCAGGUCUGCAUACGCCACUCCAAACGGGAGAACCAUUGAGCGAUCGACCUCGAUGCGGGAGCGGCCGGUGUCUGCUUCCAAGUGCAUCUCAUUGGGCUCUAAAAGAUUUCCACAAAGGGGUCUCUCCAAAAGUGCAUCUGCCUCGGAGAGAAUGCAGGCGGUGACGCUCCGGAGUAUGUCGAUGCCCCAUGAAAGCUCAGUUCCCUUUGUCAACAUCCCUUUGUCUGAUGGAAAGACUCUCUGCUCGGCUGGCGAAGACCUCCAGAAUGUCAACGUGGAAUUAUUGAAUGAGGACACCGUCCAGCAUAUCCACAGCCUUGUGAACCAGUUGACAGUCCUUUGCGGAAAAGCAACGGUUAAGUGAAGUUGAUGGACUCCAUAAACAACCUUUUUUCAUUCUUGGAUCUAAAUAUCCUUGGU